AUGUUAGAUAAGGAGUCUGAAGAAGAGAUUGACGCUGUUGAAUAUGAAUUUGCCAUACCUCCCAAAGGACCAGUGAAAAACUUUGACAAACGACAUGAUCAUAUAAAAAAUCUAUUGAAAUUACUGCCAACAGACGCUUUAUUGAACUUCAUCUUUGACACAGCUGUAUCCCUCUGUGAUCCAUUCACCCAGCCAGAGGAGACGGAGGACUAUGUAUUAAGUGUCCGUUGCAUAGCGGACUUGCUUGUCUCAAUCCUGUAUUCAUAUUAUACCGAAAACGAGGAUUCAACAGAUCUGGAGAUAAACUCUAUAAAGUUUGACAUAUCAACAAAAUAUUUCAUCUUACUUCGACUAAUACAUGAUUUGUUGAAUGCAUCAGACGAAUUGAAAUUGAGAUUUGUUGAUAACAGUGAAGAAAAAUGGAAAGCAACUCUUGGGCAAUGGACGCCCAAAAGUGUGGUCGUUUCCGGCGAUGAGCUUAAUUUGAAAAUUCUAUACUCCAUGGCAUGCGUUCUUGUAAUGUCAAUUCAAAAAAUGUUUGCUCCUAGUGAUGGAGCGUCCAACCUAAUAAUGAACCCGUAUCUUCAUUUUUUAAUCAAUCUUUGGAAAUGUCACACAAAUAUCAUCUUGCUUGGACUUGAGAUUGAUCGUCGUAUAGAAUUCAAUAACCAGGACAAAAAUGAGGAAGAAGAAACGCCCUCUGUGAUUAUACAAACAUUGAAAGGAUCGAGUUCAGUACGGUGUGUACUCGCGUGGGUACUAAACCAGAACCCCUCUCUGGCGGUGGAGCUUGAUAUAUCUCAAGAAUCAACAAAAUCAAUCGCUGACGCUGCAAUGGAUCUAGAGAAGGAAUCGAUAUUAAACUUUGUUGAGCCGCUAGCGAGAUCUACUGCAAAUGGAGGCGCGAUUCUGGUGGACAUGAGAUUAAUCAUAAUUGGUUUAUUGAUUUUAUACUCCUCAACUUCGUUCACUAGUGAGCAACAUCGUCCUACUGAAGAGCCCUCCAUCAACGAAGAACAAGCAAUGAGGAAACUUAACAAAUCAAAGGGUAUAGCGGAAUUGGGAGAUGUCUUGAUUGAUUUGGAAUAUGCGGAUCGAUUUGAUGAGGAUCUCAAAUACAUGUUGGAAUAUGAAAUGGAGGAUUUUGACGAUAUUGACGAAAAAGAUUUGGCAGACCAAAAUGCGACCGAUUUGAAUGGAGUGGCCAAAGAUGAGUUAGCAGAACACGAAGCUAUAGAUAUACAAUUUGACGAUGAAGGACGCGAUUGGAGAGAUAUAGUGCGAGGCGAGAACGUAAGUUUCAAUCCGAUAUUUCUUGAAAAGUUUGCCGCUUUUGACCAACGACAGGAUAAGUCCGAGUCAGAUGACCUUUUCACAACAUGGGAUGAGUUGUACUUUACCUUUGAAUUUCUAUCUGUUUGCUCAAUCGAAGGAAGUCCCGAAGCCGAGACUAAAAUUGGACAGCUAGUGGUUAACACGAUUUCCAAGGCAAUCAAGGACGAGAUAGAGGGUCGUGAAACGUCCAUUACCCCCGAUUUGAUUCACAAGUACUGGUCCUCACCUGCGCUGGAAAAGGAUAUUAAAAAGGCUCAAGACAAUAACAAAUUGCUCAUCCCUAUCUUUAGUAUCACCAAAUAUGAGCUCUUGUUGCAGAGUAAUUCGAAAUUGGCACGUGCUGCUAUGGAUGAAAUGCUUAUGUGCAAUGGUCAUCGCCGGUUGUUGAUUUGGUUCAUUACACACGAUUUAAACUUGUCGAAUCUACUAAUAGAUUAUGUUUUUCAACUUGCUGUAGGGCUAAGAGGCACCUUGGAUACUUCUGCACCAUAUCUUUUUUCAAGACAAGGUGGUAAAGUUAUAUUGAGUGAAGUGGAGCAGCUGAUGCUUUUGCACGAGUUUUUCACCAACAGUGCCUUUUACUUGUCGGCGAAUGAAGGACUUGAGAUUGAUGAUGGAUACGAGGUGGUGUUGGCCGAGUCCAUUGCCAAAAAGUUGAUGAUACUCCUUUGCUUGAUGAUAUCGCAGUUGAUCAAAUUAAACAUCAUCAAGAUUGGCGGAAAAAAUACCAAAGAUGAUAUACAUAAUUACAAUAAUGAAUUGCAAGUGCUAUUGAUUGGAUGGAUAGGAAAGGUCCCAGAAGCCAGACAACUUUAUUUUGAAAUGAAAAGUUUGCAAAAUGAGCAACGUGAGGAGAAUGCUGAAAAAAACUCGCCAGUGGAUCCAUUACAAAGAAAUGAGUUAUUGACCAGGUAUAGUGGUAUGAGCGCUCUGGAAAUUGACGAUGACUUGGAUGUAAAUACAUCAAAUGAAAGAAUUAUUGACGAAUUCGCCAGAAGAAUUGAACUGGGAUUAUUGGCAGUUUUAAGCAAGGGCAAAACUGGAAAGUCGUUUACGAUUCAGGAAGAUUUCCACACUUUCAUGGCUAAUUUCAACACGUUGUGUAAGAUCGAAAGAUUUGCUGAGUACUUGUUUGAAAAGUUUGAGGCGGUCAUCACAUCAGGAGAUGUGGCUGAUUUAGGGAGGAAUAUGGAGCCACCAAAAGUUGAAGCAUCAGAAGAGGCAUCGAAGAGCCAGCUUUCUAACGGUGAAGACAAUAAGAAUCAACGUAAAAAGAAGUCAAAAUCAAAGUCCAAACGCAAGACAAAGUCGAAAAAGACUUGA